GGCAUUAGCUUAGAAGAGCUAGAUAAUAAACAGCUUAGAAUUGAUUGAGGAUCAGCGCGAGGCGGAUUUACUUUAAGUGUUUUCUUGCGUGUUUUUCUUUUCCCCGGUAUUAUUUAUAUUAUUAGUCAAUAUAAACCAUGGCAGACACCAAGGUAGAUUCCGCGACGGAAAUCUCCGCCAAGGACUUGAAGGAGAAGAAGCUCCUUGAGGAGAAGGAAAAUGGAAAGGAGGCCACUAAUGGAAAGGAGAAUGAGGAGAACGGAGAGCCUGAGAUCGAUGAGGACGAUGAGGAGGAGGAAGUAGAUGAGGAAGAUGAGGAUGAAGACGGAGAGGGAGAUGAAGAUGAGGAAGAAGAUGAGGAAGACGAACUGGGUGGAGGAUUGAAACGAGGAGCUGAUGAUGAUGAGGAUGAAGUCGACCCGAAGAAACAGAAGCCAGACGAGGACGACUAAAAGGAUUGUUGGAUGCUACUGAUCCGGUGUAGAUUUCAUCUUCAGCACGUUUGUUGGAGCCAGUGGCAUAAAGGACUCAAAAACAUCAAACAUGGUCAUUUUUUCCCCCCCAAGUUCCACCCACUAUUCCCCCCCAGUGCAAAAUUUUCUAGAGGGAAAAGUCCACCAUCCAGAUCCCCAACACGACGACAAAGUUCACAAGACGAGGAUUUGUUUGUAUUUUUAUUUACAUUUUAUAUUUUUGUACAUAUUGUUAAGGGAUCCAGUCACUUGAUCGCGAUCUCCUCUGACCAAAACGGUGCUUCUUUAUGAAAUUUUACUUGUUUGACCAUGUCUCGCAAACUUUGGAAACAGAAACGUUUAUAAAAAUCAGCCAUUUAACUCUGAGCAUUCCAGUCAGAUUUUAUGUACGAACUUUAGUUGUACCAUAAAACUAGUUUUGUUUCGGUUUUUUGUUUCGUUUGUAUGGGAGGGCUAGGCCAAAGAAAAGGAGUUACUUCUUAUUGUUUUUCGUUUGCAUUUGUUUUACCUUGGCCUGUCUGUGUGUGUGAAGUUUGUUCAACAAUAAACCUGACUUUUAUUUUGUGAGUUGUA